UUACAAAUAAUAAAUACGUGUAUUUGGUAGUUAUAUAUCUAUUUAUGUAUUUUUUAUUAGUUUUUUGACGUGGAACUUUAAUUGUGAAAUUAAACAGGAAGUUUGCCCGACUCCAUGUUGACGGAAGUCAAGGGAAACUGUCAAUGGACGCUGCGCUUCUCUGCUCACUCCUUGUUUUGUUUUUUUCAUAAGUAAAUCUUAAUUGAACUUUUUGGUACUUUUGUAUUGUUUCCUCUCAAUCGACGCUCACGCUGACCGCAAUGUGGGACCACGAGAUCCGAGCCAUGGCGAGCACCCACGCCAUCAUCGCCGCUUCGGUGUUCGUGGCGACAGUGGUGCCCGCUGCUGUCGUACCGGGGUUCUCGGUGUACGGAACCCACCUUCUGUGGCUCUACUCGGUGUCCGGGGCGGUCACCUCGGUCAGUGUCGCCAUCUUCUGGCUGCUCGGCAUCUCCCCGCCGACCAAGAAGCACACGUUGGGAUACAAGCUGUCAAGGUUGUUCCGUUCCUGUUUGUACUUCUUCCUGUCCUGCUUGUUCUUCCACACAGUCGUGGUUCUCUACGGCGCCCCGCUGAUCGAGUCGGCGGUGGAGACCUUCUCUCUGGCCGUGCUGCUGUCCUCCCUCACCACCCUGAGGUGUCUCUGCGUCCUCGGCCCGAACGUCCAGGCCUGGAUCCGAGUGUUCAGUCGCCACGGGGCCAUGUCGGUGUGGGACACCUGCCUCCAGAUCACUGUGGCCCUUACGGUGGUGGGAGCUUGGGUGGGAGCCUUCCCGAUUCCUCUGGACUGGGACAGACCUUGGCAGGUUUGGCCAGUUUCUUGCAGCCUGGGCGCCAUAUUUGGCUACCUGUCGGGUCUGGUGGUGGCGCCGGCGUGGAUCCACUUCCAUCGCAAGCAGCUCACCUACAAGUGUAAAUAGAUGUGCACUCCUGGUAUUUAUUUGGAACAUUUAAGGACUGAACAAAAGGGCGACACUGGGUGUCCAAUGUUUUUUUUUACAGAAAAUAGAAGGAUUAUGGGGUGCACUUUUGACACGUGGUGUGCAUUAAACAUGAUAAAACGUCA